GGCAUAUAUAAGAAGUAGUACAUGGGUAUGUAAGCAAAGCAGUGACCACGGAGAGAGAGAGAGAGGUUUUGACGCAACACACUUUCACUGAGAAAGGAUCUCUAUCUACCAAGGAGCAGAAUAAAACCCUUCUCUCUGGUAAGUGAAUAAGAGAAUGGCUUCAGAUCGGAAACUUCACACUUUCGAGGAGGUGGCAAAGCACGACCAGACCAAGGAUUGCUGGCUCAUCAUUUCUGGCAAGGUGUAUGAUGUCACCCCUUUCAUGGAGGAUCAUCCCGGAGGUGAUGAGGUUUUGUUAUCUGCAACAGGGAAAGAUGCAACCAAUGAUUUUGAAGAUGUUGGACACAGUGAUUCUGCUAGAGAUAUGAUGGAAAAAUACUACAUUGGUGAGAUUGAUUCAUCAACUGUACCACUAAAACGUACCUACAUUCCACCUCAGCAAGCUCAGUACAAUCCUGACAAGACUCCAGAAUUUGUGAUCAAGAUUUUGCAGUUCCUGGUCCCUCUCCUGAUCUUGGGCUUGGCCUUUGUUGUGCGACACUACACCAAGAAAGAGUAGAGCUUCUUUAUCACAUUGGACCCUGGUGAAGGGUCUGUUAAGACAUUUUAUACAGUGUCAUUUGAAGGACAGUGUUUAGUUUAUUUCUGGGGUCUUUAGAAUUGAAUCUGGAUUUGACUGGAGAACCUAAUGUUGGACGAUAAGUUUCGUUUCUUUUUUAUUAAGGACAGUGUCAUUUUAAGGGUCUUUGCUGCUUCUUUUAUAA